UGGUGAGAUCAUACUGUUCUCUGUUAUGUGUCUCAUGCAAACUGAUAUGGAGAGAAAUAUCUAUUGUUGAAAGUGCCAUUCCUGGUUUACAGUAUGAUAUUGUUGUUGGCAGUGACUGUGAACAGCUAAGUUCUGAAAGGGUUAAAACAACUUUAGUCCACAGUCUGACAGGGUUACCGAUGCUGAAUAGUAGUUUUCUUUUGUAAUUCUCCCCAAAUCAUGGAUUCAAGUUGUGGAAUGUGGAGGCUCCUCUGCUUCAGCUUGGCUCUUGCGCAGAAAGGUCAGAGUGAAGUCAAAGAGCUGGACAGCAAAUCUCUACUGAAUGCUGUUCAGACCAAGACCGUGCUUACAGAAGAUGCAAUCGUCAGGACUAACCGGAGUAUGUUUCUGACCUUCCUUGUGUUUAUUCUGGUCAGCUGCUCUGGGACUUUGUUUGAACCUUUUGCUGAAGACUUGUCUGAAAGAAAUCUCAGACAGCAACAGAUGGACGUGUAUUUCAGAAAGUAUUCUGUUGCCUUGGUAAAACUGACACCUUUUAGUGAAGCGUGCGGCAGCUUUGUGUUAAAUUGCUUCCCUGUGAAAGCUGCUUUUCCUUCUGAGUUACCGAUGUGUCUUCCGCCGGCAGGUUCUCUUCAACGUGGAAAGCACGUGAGGAGCUUCUCCAUCGAAGGAGAUAUUAUCAAACCCCUCCGGCAAAACGCCGUAACGUCCCAAACCCGAACGUGGCCGAAAUCCCCGGACGGCGUGGUGAGGAUUCCGUACGAGAUCUCACCGCAGUACGACGAACAGACCCGGAGAGAGAUCGGACGAGGCUUCAAGGAGUUUGAAAGAUUCACCUGCAUCCGAUUUGUACCUCACACUGACGAGGAGGACUUCAUCUCUCUUCAGCCUGUUCCCGGGUGUUCUGCGUCGGUGGGACGGGUUGGCGGCAUGCAGCUCAUCUUGCUGAACCGGCAGUGCCUGGAGAAGGGGAAGGGCGUUGUUGAGCACGAGUUAAUGCACUCCCUGGGCUUCUGGCAUGAACAUACGAGGAGCGACCGAGAUAAAUACAUCAAGAUCGAGUGGAAGAAUGUGUGGCCCGGUUAUGAACAUAAUUUUUUAAAGAAAAAUACCAAUAAUUUGAAGUCCAAAUACGAUUAUGGCUCCAUCUUGCAUUAUAGCAGGACAGCAUUUUCCAGGAAUGGACAGCCAACAUUGACGCCACUGGUGGAUACAGACGCUGUGAUUGGCCAACGAGUCUGCUUGAGUGAGAUGGACUUGCUGAAGGUUAACCAGCUCUACAACUGCACGGCAUAUCUCAAGGACGAGGCUGAUAUGGUGAAACGGCAUCCACUGGCAAAUGAAGGCGGCACCGCUCAUGAGACCGGAAGAACCAAGGAGGCAGUCAGACCGAAAUCUUUCCAGGACGCCCCUGCUGGAAGCGCAGGACUCGGUACAGGAGCCGGAGUGGUGGGGGCUCCUUCUGGGAACGGGCCCACCACCGCUCCGGAGGUUCUCCGAUGCCUCGGGGUAGGACCACACCCGUUCACAUACAAGGUAGCCGCCGAGGGGCCGGCGCUGGACGUUCCUGGGAGCGGUCGGGAGCUGCCCAGCACAGCCUGUAACCCCGAGCCGAGGUUUCUUCCCCUGGCUGAGCUCCAUCGCUGCCCCCACAGAACGCGAGCGCAAAACCGGUCAGCGGCCGCCCCUCCUGUACCGAGCGGGCGCACAGCAGCUGCGUCCUGGCUCGAUGCCUCGGUGCCAAACUCCACUGAGGGAGCAGAGUUCCAGUGACACAGCCCAACCUCUCUGCGUACCCCCCCGUCCCCGCCCAGCGGGCCGCUCGCUGGGCAUUCACUCACCACGAGUUGUCCUCCGCCCUACAGCGGGGCCACUGUCCGGUUCUGUUGGCCCAACACCACUGUCACCUCCCCAGCCGGCCACCACUCUUCAUCCCAGGGACUCGCUUCGGGCACCGGGGUGGACGGGUGGAGCUGUGGGGUCUGAUUGACAUGACCCCGUCCCCCUGGAGAGGCCCCGGCCUCUGACGUGCCCGUGUCCCCUGGUAAGGCUGCACCCUGUGACUUGUCCCCACCCUCUGAAGAGGGCUUGCCCUUUGACCAGGCCACACCCAUUGAAGAGGCCCUGAUCUCUGACCUAACCCCACCCAACAAGCAGAUCAGAGAUCACACUCACCAGCACCAUCCCCAUCCUCCAACUAGGCACUUCCCUCCAAACAGGCACCAUCCACUGACCUCACCCUGGCCUUGCCUUGCGCUCUGACCAGGUCCCUCCCCUCUAGUCAGUCCCACUUGUCUGCCAAGGUCUCUACAGAAUACCUGCUGGGUCGCAGGCCCUCAGUGAGGACACCCCUCCAAGGGCUGUCCUCCUUGACUGAGAUCCUCCCGCCCAGUGAUCCCCCUCCCGAGCCAGUCCCCACUCCCCUGGCUGCUCCUCCACUGGAUUGGAGAACCCUGCGAGAGCCUCCCCUCGGGGGGGGGGGGGGAACCAGUGGGACAUCGGGCAUUGAGACUGGGCCGAAAGUGGUUCACACCAAAGGACGGUGCGAGGACUGAGGAGUUAAGGAGAAAUGUCAGUCUCAGAUUUAUUAUUAAUGAUGAAUUUUGUUUUGCUGCAGCAGAACAAUGCACAAUGUAAAAAAAUUACAAAAGAAAUAAAUAGUGCAAAAGGAAUAUUGUGGUGGUGUUGACGGACCAUUCAGAAAUCUGAUGGCAGAGGGCAAGAAGCUUCUGAAAUGUUGAGUGUGUGUCUUCAGGCUCCUGUAAUGAGGAGACAGCAUGUCCCGGGUGGUGAGGGAACUUGAUGAUGCUGCCGUCCUGAAGCUCCACUCUCUGGAGAUGUCUUUCCCGACGGCGAGGGCUGUACCUGUCCACAACCCUCGGCAGCCUCUCUUCGCUGCUGGGGGAUGCCGAAGCUGGGACUCGCUGAGGAGCCCCCGAGCCACUGCGUCAGUGUGGGCAGCAGUGAUGUCUGUACGUGUAGAUAAAACAGUACCUUAAAUCACCUGAUAAUGUGGCAACUCCUGAUGAUUGGAAUCAAAUCUAAUCCACACCAGAAGUUUGCGAUCUGGAGCACUGCCAGGCUGAGGCGUAAACUUUAUUUCUCCUUCCACAGAUACUGCCUGAUGUUCUGGGUAUUUUCUGUUUUGUUUUAGAGUAAAAUGAUGGUCCGGUUUUGAUUUUUCAGUCCUGGUGAAUUAGUUGUGACUCUUGGAAGGGAGUUUGAUAAGUACUUGUGGACUGGGACUGGCUGGAUUCUUUCAAAAACUGAAAUCUCUUAUUGCUGUAAGCUUCCUGUGAUCCUCUACUUUUGUCAAACACUGUGGCAGAAAUACUGUGUCUUUGUAUUUCAAGCUUGUGUUCUUCAGAAUUGAGUUGAUGGUUCACAAGACUAUGCUCCUUGGGUGGAUAGAGGGCUAGCAUAGACUUGAUGGGCUGAAUGGCUCCUUGUGUGUUGUAAGAAUUGGUGAUCGUAACCUGACUCUGGGCUAGGCUGGAUCUAGGUUAAGCUGCUGGGCACAGCAGUGUAUCUGAAUUCUUGUGAAGAAAUGCUUUCUGGGCUCAUGGGAUUGAUUUGCAGCAGUUGAAGGCUUUGGCCAUGCAGAGAGAGUGGGCUGUUCUCUCUGUUCCGCCAGGGGGAAGGUCACAUUAAUGUGGCUGUUCAACCUGCAGACACAGACUGGUGGUCUGGAUGGAGAAACAACUCGUAUUCUGCCUGGGUAGUUAAACCUGAUGGCAUCGACAUCUCAUCUAACUUCCAGUAAUUACCCCUCUCUGUUUGACUCCCUUUUUAUCUGUUACCCCAUUUCCCAUUCUGGUUGCCCUACCCACUCACCCCCUACCAUAAGGACCCCCCCCAUCACCUUCCUCUGAUUCGCCAUCUUCCUCCCCUCCUUGCCUACUGUUCUCUAUCAGAUUCCUCCUCUUUCCAUUUAUCACCUCCUAGCUUGUCACAUCAUUCCCCCCCCACCCAUCCACCUUCCCCCUCACCUGUAACCUCCAGCUCAUACCCCCCCUUCCCCACCUUCUCAUUCUGCCUCCUGCCCCCUUCCUUUCCAGUCCUGAUGAAAAGUCUUAGCCUGAAAUGUUAACUGUUUAUUUGCCUUCAUUGAUGCUGCCUGAAUUGCACAUUUCUCUGGAUUUCCAACAUCGGCAGAAUCCGGUGAUCUGGAGAAAGUUGUUCAAAUGCUAUUCUGGCAAAUGGGGAUUUGAAAUUCAAUUAAGUAAAGCUGGGAUCACACUUUGUGACUAAGUUGACAGUGAUUAAAAUCUGUCUGGGUUAUGUACAGUAGGUCAGCAGUCAAUGCUGGAAAUACUCAGCAGGCCAGGCAGUGUCAGUGGAGAGAGAACCAGAGUGAGCACUUCAUUAUCAAAGACCUUCCUAGAUCAUCGAACAGUACAGCACGGGGCAGGCCAUUCAACCUACGAUGGUGUGCCAAUCUUUAUUUAGAUACGGUGUGGAAUAGGCCCUUUGAGCCCCACAGCCCAGCAACCCACCAAUUUAACCCUUGCCUAAUCAUGGGACAAUUUACAAUGACUGAUUAACCUAUGGGAGGAAACCAGAGCACCUGGAGCAAACGUGCUUUCAUAGAAUAGUACAGCACAGUACAGGCCCUUUGGCCCACAAUGCUGUGCUGACCCUCAAACCCUGCCUCCCAUAUAAGCCCCCACCUUAAAUUCCUCCAUUUACCUGUCUAGUAGUCUCUUAAACUUCACUAGUGUAUCUGCCUCCACCACUGACUCAGGCAGUGCAUUCCACGCACCAACCACUCUGAGUAAAAAAACCUUCCUCUAAUAUCCCCCUUGAACUUCCCACCCCUUACGUUAAAGCCAUGUCCUCUUGUAUUGAGCAGUGGUGCCCUGGGGAAGAGACGCUGGCUAUCCACUCUAUCUAUCCCUCUUAUUAUCUUGUACACCUCUAUCAUGUCUCCUCUUAUUCUCCUCCUCUCCAAAGAGUAAAGCCCUAGCUCCCUUAAUCUCUGAUCAUAAUGCAUACUUUCUAAACCAGGCAGCAUCCUGGUAAAUCUCCUCUGUACCCUUUCCAAUGCUUCCACAUCCUUCCUAUAGUGAGGUGACCAGAACUGGACACAGUACUCCAAGUGUGGCCUAACCAGAGUUUUAUAGAGCUGCAUCAUUACAUCGCGACUCUUAAACUCUAUCCCUCGACUUAUGAAAGUUAACACCCCAUAAGCUUUCUUAA